AUGGCGCCGUCAACCGCACUCUCGAGAACGGAGGUCAUUACCCUCUGGGCGCUUAUAGGCACUUCUAUCGCUAUUGUCGCCAACUCUUUUCAUGGUGAUGGCGAACCGGUCAUGGUGUCUUUGGCAUUCAGUCUGUUUGCUUUUGCUACGACGUAUAGUUUGAUUCGAUGGCUAGGACCGAGUUUUAUGAAGGUCGGGUUAAAAGGGAAAGAUAUGGCUAAAGCUAAGAGGCCGGAAAUACCAGAAACAAUGGGUGCGGUAUGUGCUGUGGUGUACCUCUUGCUCAUGAUUGCCUUUAUCCCCUUUCCUUUCUACAAGGAUAUUGUGGCUGCUACCUCUGGUGGCGGGAAUCGAGAUGUCGUCUUGCACAUAGAACAUGUCGAGACGGGACGUUUCCUCCAUCGCUUUCCCCAUAAUAAGUUGGCAUCCUACCUUUCCGGCCUUCUAUCCCUCCAGGCUAUCACCCUCCUCGGCAUCGGGGACGAUCUCCUCGACAUUCGCUGGCGCCACAAAGUCCUAAUCCCAGCACUUGGCGCCUUCCCCAUGCUAGUUGUCUACUUUGUCGACUUUGGCGUCACUCACGUAGUGGUCCCCAUGCCCCUGCAACGCUAUUUUGGUCAAAUCUUUGACCUCGGGUUUCUGUAUUACGUCUACAUGGCUGCCGUUGCCAUUUUCUGUCCAAACAGUAUCAACAUGCUUGCGGGCGUCAAUGGCGUUGAAGUUGCGCAGUCACUCGUCAUUGCCGUCUUACUGCUCCUAAAUGACUUGUUGUAUCUGGGACCGUUUACGCCAUUUCCACAUCCGGCCAUGGACUCGCAUUUAUUCUCUAUAUACUUCCUCCUGCCUUUUAUUGGUGUGUCUCUGGCACUGUUGUGCCAUAAUUGGUACCCAUCCAAAGUCUUCGUGGGCGACACAUACUGCUAUUUUGCGGGCAUGGUCUUUGCCGUCGUCGGUAUUCUGGGCCAUUUCAGCAAGACUUUGCUCUUGUUGUUUAUUCCGCAGAUGUUUAAUUUCUUAUACUCCUGUCCGCAGCUCUUUCAUAUCAUACCUUGUCCCAGGCACAGAUUACCGAAGUUCAACGCUGUGACGGGGUUGUUGGAAAAUUCGGUGACCGAGUGGCCCCUCUCGCCGUCGCCAGUGGUUGCUGCAGCAUUGCAUCUCCUUCAUCGGUUGCGACUUGUCGGGAUCAAAAUCAACGAAAAUGGAGAGAUUACCGAGUCAACCAACUUGACGCUGCUCAAUCUUUGGAUUUUGUGGUUCGGCCCAAUGAAGGAGGAUCGACUUGCGUUGAGUAUUGUGUUGUUGCAGACAGUCUGUGGCCUUAUUGCGCUGUUUGUUCGUCAUCAGAUGGCAUUGCUUGUUUUUCCGGCGGAUAAUAGAAGUUUUUGGUCUUUUGCAAGAUCUAGCUAG